AUGCAACUCAAUAAUGAAUCUUUUGCAACCAAAACAGCUAUAUCAACGGGAACAUCCCGUCCGAUUUUCAUUCAUAUAGUGGAUGUUAAUAGUGAUGAAUUACUCGACAUUAUUACUGCUAACCAUGGUACACAUUCUAUAAGUGUAUUUUAUAGUUAUGGGAAUGGGAGUUUUUCUUCACCAAUGACAUAUCCGACGGGAUAUGAUUCUUUUCCUUGUGCCAUUUUCACUGGCGACUUCAAUAAUGACAACAAUGUGGACCUUGCUAUUGUCAACCAUGGCAUAAAUAACAUUAUGAUACUUCUGGCAAACAAAUACAGUAUUUUCGAAAAUCAAUCAACAAUCUUUACUGGCCCUCAUUCUCAUCCGUGCUCAAUUGUUGCUGGUUAUUUCAAUAAUGAUAAUAUACUCGAUAUUGCUGUCGCCAAUAAUGGAAAUAAUAGAAUAAAUAUUUUUCUGGGUAAUGGAGACGGAACAUUUUCAGGGUACGCGACGUACACACUUGGCGAUCAAUCUCCAUAUUCUAUUGCCAUGGGCGACUUUAACAUGGACAAUCAAAUAGAUUUAGUGGUCACGAAUAUGGGUAUGAAUAAUAUCGGUGUUCUUUUGGGAUAUGGGAAUGGCUUCUUCACAAAUCCAAUAUUUAGAAAAACAGGAUCUACUUCUACGACCUACCUUGUCACAUGUGACUUGAAUACAGAUGGUCGAUCUGAUAUUGUUGUCAUUAACGAUGACACCCGAAGUAUUGGCAUUCUUCUUGGUUGUAAUCCCGGUAUUUCUGAAGAUCAAAUGAUAUAUUCAACGGGUUCGUGGCCAUUUUCAGUAGCUGUAGGUGAUUUUAACAAUGAUUAUCGAUUGGAUAUAGUUGUUACUAAUGCUGUUAAUGACACUGUAAGUGUAUUUUAUGGAUAUGGGAAUGGUUCCUUUGAAGAUCAAAAAACAUAUUCAACUAGUUCUUUACCAUUAUCUGUAGCUGUUGGUGAUUUUAACAACGAUAACCGAUCGGAUAUUGUUGUUACUAAUUCAAACAGCAACACUGUAAGUGUAAUACUCGGAUAUGGUAAUGAUUCUUUUGAAGUUCAAAAGACAUUCUCUAUCGGCCUUUUCCCACGAGCUGUAGCUGUUGGUGAUUUUAACAGUGACAACCGAUUGGAUAUCGUUGUUGUUAACCAAAACAGCGACACUAUAAGCAUUUGUCUCGGAUAUGGCAAUGGUUCUUUUGAAGAUGAAAAGACAUUCUCAAUUGGCGUUUCUUCACGAACUGUAGCUGUUGGUGAUUUUAAUAGCGACAACCGAUUGGAUAUCGUUGUUGUUAAUUCAGAGAGCAACACUAUAGGCAUUUUUCUCGGAUAUGGCAAUGGUUCUUUUGAAGAUCAAAAGACGUAUUUAACUGGUUUGGUGCCAUCCUCUGUAGCAGUUGGUGAUUUUGAUAAGGAUAAUCGAUUAGAUAUUGUUGUUGCUCAUGAAGGUAGUAACACCGUAAUUGUGUUUCUUGGAUAUGGAAAUGAUUCUUUUGAAGAUCAGAAGACAUAUUCAACUGGUUCGAUACCAUCUUCUUUAGCUGUUGGUGAUUUUAACAACGAUAAACGAUUAGAUUUCGUUGUUACUAAUCAAGGUAGCGACACCGUGACUGUAUUUCUUGGAUAUGGAAAUGGCUUUUUUGAAAAUCAAAAGCCAUAUUUAACUGGUUCUCAUCCGUUUUCCGUAGCUGUUGGUGAUUUUAACAACGAUAACAGAUCAGAUAUCGUCGUUGCAAACUUGUACAGCAACACUGUAAGUGUUUUCCUUCAUUAUGAUAGCGUACCUUUGACGACUGAAAACGCAUUUGCAGUUGACGAUGCUUCGCUUUUGAAAGCCGUUGCUGUCGUUGAUUUCAAUAACGACGACGUUUUAGACUUAGUAGUAGCUAAUUAUGGUACCAAUAAUAUUGGUGCUAGUUUUGGAUACGCAAAUGGCACGUUCGGAAAACAAUUAAAGUUCCUGACGGGUUCUAACUCUCAUCCGCACUCGAUUGCUGCUGCUGAUUUUGAUGGAGAUGGCCAAAUAGAUAUUGCCGUGGCGAAUCGCGGUACCAAAAAUGUUGGAUUAUUUAUCGGAAAUGGAAAAGGAGCGUUUGAGAUACAAUAUGCUGAUAAUAUUUUCAAUAUUACUCCAUUAUUUAUUGCCUCUACUGAUUUAAAUAAUGACGGAAGAUCGGAUAUCUGUAUCGUUUAUGAAGAGACUGAUAACGUAGAUGUACUUGUGUUACGUGAUACUGGAUAUUUUGAGGAUCAAAAGACAUAUUUAACUGAUUCUUUUCCACAAUCUGUAGCUGUUGCUGAUUUUAACAAUGAUAACUGGUUGGAUAUCGUUGUUGUUUAUUCCGCUAGUGACACUAUCAGUGUAGUUCUUGGAUAUGGAAAUGAUUCUUUUGAAGAUCAAAACACAUAUUCAACUGGUUCUUUUCCACUAUAUGUAGCUGUUAGUGAUUUUAAUAACGAUAGCCGAUUAGAUAUCGUUGUUGUUAAUAGAGACAGCACCACUAUAAGCGUUUUUCUUGGAUAUGGCAAUGGUUCUUUUGAAGAUCAAAAGACAUACUCAGUCGGCCCUUCUCCACACUCUGUAACUGUUGGUGAUUUUAACAACGAUAACCGAUUAGAUAUUGUUGUUGUUAAUUCAAACAACAACACUAUAAGUGUACUACUCGGAUAUGGAAAUGGUUCUUUCGAAGAUCAAAACACAUAUUCAACUGGUUCUUCGCCAUCUUCUGUAGCUGUCGGUGAUUUCAAUAGCGAUAACCGAUUAGAUAUCGUUCUCACUAAUUCCGUCGACAACACUAUGAGUGUACUACUCGGAUAUGGGGAUGGUUCUUUCGAAGAUCAAAACACAUAUUCAACUGGCUCUUUUCCGCUAUCUGUAGCUGUUGGUAAUUUUAAUAACGAUAACCAGUUGGAUAUUGUUGUUGCUAAUUUUGGUAGUGAUACCAUUAGCGUACUUCUUGGAUAUGGAAAUGGUUCUUUUGAAGAUCAAAACACAUAUUUAACUGGUUCUUUUCCGCUAUCUGUAGCUGUUGGUGAUUUUAACAACGAUGAACGAUCGGAUAUUGUUGUUAUUAAUCAUCUCAGCAACACUGUAGGUGUACUACUCGGACAUGGGAAUGGUUCUUUUGAAGAUCGAAAGAUAUAUUCAACUGGUUCUUUACCAUCAUCUGUAGCUGUUGGUGAUUUUAACAAUGAUAACCGAUUGGAUGUUGUUGUGGCUAAUUCAGGCAACAAUACUGUAAGCGUAUUUCUAGGAUAUCGUAAUCUGGCUUUCAGAAAACAAACUGCGCUGAAAACUAUCAGGGGAUCACGACCGAGAUCAUUUACUUUUGGGGAUUUCAACAACGACGGUGGAAUAGAUAUUGCCGUUGUAAACACAGCAACAAACAGUGUUGGAGUUUUCCUUGGGUAUAGCGAUUAUACUUUCUCGAAUCAAAUUACACUGCAAAGUGGUGCUUAUCCUAUCGCUAUUUCAACGGGCAACUUCAAUAACGAUGCUAUACUUGAUCUCGUUGUUGCAAAUUAUAGAGAUGCCUCUAUUGACUUAUUUCUUGGUGUAGGCAAUGGCUCUUUUUCAAACCGAAGGACUUUUACGAUCGAAUAUCAGUAUCAGCUGAUUGCGAUUGCUAUUGGUGAUUUCAACAACGACCGUUUCUUAGAUAUUAUCGUGGCUAGUAAUGGUACAAACAACGCAGUAGUAUUUUCUGGAGAUGGGUAUGGUUCAUUUGUCGAUGUAAACGUUUUUCAUCUUGGCUAUGCAUCUCGUCCAUUCGCUAUUUACGUUGGUGAUUUUAACAAUGACCAGAAAAUGGACUUUGCUGUUGCUGAGGAAGGCACUGACAAAUUAGAAAUUUUUUUACAGACUUGUUAA